GCCGCUCGUGAUUUACAUCGGCUGGCCAGCAUUGGUAACGAAGACGACGCUGCUGCUGCCACGAGCGUUGCCGUUCGCGCUCUCACGAGACAGACGCUGCCAGCCCCUGUGACCGCUGUAGCUCGAAACCGCGUCACCACGCUGGCGGCAACGCACUCCAUCGGCGUACCGUCGUACUCGUUCUGGCACAGCGCCUUCUUGCCGUUCCACGUCGAACCAUGUGGACGGACGACACGGGCGACGAGAUCGUCUCCAUCUCCACUGAGAACCUGCAGGAGCAGCGGUGGCGGACAGUGCGGGUGGCCGGCGGGCAGUCCCUCGGCCAGCGGUUCCUCGGCAGCAAGUUCUCCAUCCUGCUGCUGGCGGCCAUCGCGGUGCUGUUUGCGGGCCUGCUGCCCUUCGUGGCGUUCCGGGCCGCCAUCCUGAGCAGCUCACGCGCCCUGGCCGCUGCCAGUGCCGUGACCAGCCGCCUGGCCAGGACCGCUUCGUCCAGCGUGAACAGGCAGGCGCAGGACGCCGUGACGGCAUUCGACGUCGUCAUGGCGCAGAGACACGACCACGGCCUUGCGCCUGCUGACCAUCACUCCAUCGAGCGAAACGCAGUCAGAGACAGCGGGGACCCGCAUGGUGGCAGGGCCCACCAACCACUGCGCACCCAACGUCAUCACGCUGUCGUCGCUCACGACGAGCUGCUGCCGCAGGUAAUGGAACACCCUAAACCCUGCGAUUCGCCGGCUUGUCAACGGGAAGCGCUGAACAUCUCGGAGCAACUGGAUGAGUCCGUGUCACCGUGCGAUGAUUUUUAUACGCACGUCUGUGGGCGCUGGACGCAGCGAGUUGCCGUGCCCAACGGCUCUGCCAGGGUCUCGGUGGACACUCUGACCCAGGACCACCUGACCCACCUCGUAGACGGAGCUUUCCGGCGCUACUCCGAAGAGCUGGAGCGGGUGGCCGACCUGUACAACGAGUGCCGCAGCCACAAGUCGGGAGACUUCGAGCGAGCGCUGUUCGACGAGCUCGUGGGGGGCUUCGGAAACGUCAGCUGGUACCUGAGCAUCCGCACCAUGGCUGGCCGGCUGCGCAAGUCGGUGUGGCCCACGUUCCGGGAUGUGGGAGACACGAAGCUCUCGGCGAGCAUCGGCGCCUUCUACCGGACCGUCAACGAGCCAGCGCUGUUCUCCAUCAAGCCAACCACGGACAGCGACUUCCCCAAUGAAACGCUCAUCUCCGUCGGCCUUCCCACUCUGGUAAUGGGGUCGUUCAUCCAGCACUCCCCCAAGAUGCGCGAUGACAGCAACGACUACAACUACGUGUCCGAUGCGAUGGACAUGAUACUCCGCCAGAGCAACCUGACACACGGCAUCAAGGUGAACGUGCUGAACGUCGAGCUCACGCUGGCGCGCGCCAUCGGCACCGCUGUUCCCGAGGCUCCGAGGCUGGUGCAGGUCCAGGAGCUGCCGAGCACGGGCAAGCUCAAGUGGGACGCUCUGCUUCGCUCUAUGAUGGCCGAGACGGACACGAACUUCUCGUCGGUGUACGUGUCGGUGGACUCGAUGCGCUACCUGUACGCUUUGCAAGAGGCACUGCAUGAGUUGCAGGACGUGGAGAUCUUGGCCUACCUAGGAUUCCGCACCAAGCUUGUCCUGGCCCCGCUACUGAUGGACAACGAUUCGCUCUCCCUGCUCGGAGCCCUUGCCGUGUCCCCGUUCCCGGAGUGGCAUCCGCCACUGAGCAGGGAACACUACUGCGUGCGCUUUUUCGAAAAAUUCGAGCCCGCCUUAUCGCUGUACGCGGCACGCGACGACAUCGGCCGCCGCCUGAGACGCCUGCGGGCCGCCUCGCUCGUGGAUGCGCUGAGGAAGGCCGUCCACGAGGAGAUGGCCGCACUGUUCCCGAAGCCGUUCCUCAACCACGUGACCCGCAUCCUGCGUUCGGCGAAGUGGACCGCCCUCAUGCCAGACUGGGCACACACUGCGCUGUUGCGAGCCAAAUACGUCGACUACUUCUACUCGAAGGUGGGGCGAGCGCCGGUCCACCAGCAGUUUUCGUUGCUUAUCAAGCUUAAGAACGCCAACCAGUACCAGCGCUACUUGACAGGCAUCUUCUUCGACGCACCUUGGACUGGCGGCCUGCUGAGGACUUCGGCAACGGUUGGUGAGGACCGAGUCGACGUGCCUCCAGGGGCGUUCGACUUCUUCCGCGCCGACGAGCCCUCGCUAGUUCCGCUCCAGAUGGCGCGGCUGGGACCCCGCGUCGCGACCAGCGUCUACCGGUUCGUGUUCGCCAAGGUGGAUUUCCUCGGCGAUGGGCGCCGGCCGGAGCACGCACUCCGACGGCUCUCCGGCGCACAGCCCCACGCGGCUGCUCGACAAACGACUCGCCCGACCCCGUCACAGCGACGACCACGGCUUCCACGGUGCCCUGCUGUCUCCGACGCGCGUGUGCCCUCCCAUCUCGUCGCCCCCGCCGCGACCCGCCGACGACGAUCGGUCGGCCGUACCUUCUCCGCCUCCUGCGUCCUCGCGAGUGCCCAUCGUGACGACGACCCGGGCCACCUCGACGUCCGGCGAACGCCGCCAUUCCAUGCGAGCCGACAGCCCCAUGCCCAAGUUGCAGGCAGAAGCGAGGAGGCUGAGCGAGCCCCGCGACGAGCAGACGCGCAGGCACCACCACCAGCAGCAGGGCGACAUCGAGAGCCAGAUCAGGGAGAUCGAGCAAAUGACGGACGGCAUCCUCGAAGACAUCGAAGCCGAAAACCUGGGCAGCUUCAGCACGGGUUACGAUCCGGCUACGAAGACGACCGCGCUCAAAGGUCCGCAUCAAGAUGUGGGCGGCCCGCUGGACUCCGGCAAGUCGGCGGCACCGCUUAGAGGCUCCUUCGAGCGCGGCCUCUUCGGCGACGCAGGGAAAUUCACGGCACUCGGCAGGCCGCAACUACCACCGACUCGGUCGUUGGAACGUGGUGG